UUUGUAUUUUCAAGCUUCCAUUAAAAAAAGUUUUGUUAGCAGAGACAUGCGAAAAACUUUUAACGAUUUACUUAAUAUUUGCUUCAUUUGAUUAAAAAUACAAACAAGCAAAAAUAUUUUAUUAUAUCUAAUAGAUCCCAACAUGGGUCUAAUUAGUUUUAUCGUCAUGCCGACGCGUACUGAUAUAAAAUAAAAUAAAAAAUAAAAAGCUUAGUGGGCAUCCACGUGCAGGUGUAGUUCCAACAUUUCCGAGCGUCCGUGAAGGCCUCCCAGCCAGCGCAUCAGUGACGUGUUCGUGCGGCUGCUGCGGAUGCGGAGCGCGGAUGCCCUUCCAUCCUCCAGCGCAGGUCUGUGGCGGCUCCGGCUCGUUGUCCGUGGGAAAGGGCCUCCGGCGGGCUGUCAGAGCGGCAACAUGCAGAAGAGCUCGGUGGUCGUGGUCGCGGACAAGACGAGCCUGAAGAGGCCGUUCAUUUUUGCCAACGCCGUCCACAUGGCGCUCUGCUUCUUCAUGCUGAGAAUGACCGUGGUUUGGCACAGGGACCUGAUCCAGAAUGGAAAAAUGGUGUCUGGUGUUUCUAUCGUGACGAUGUACGUCAUCGAGGUGGGCUGCCUGCUGCUCUCUGUGAUUGGCGUGUUUGGAGCCUGCAAAGGAAAAAGAUGGUGUUUGAUUUUGUAUGCAGCUGGGAUGGCAGCAGCCAGUCAAACGAUAAUUAUCCGAACCGCUCUGAGCUACCAGGAUGUUUAUGAGAAACGUGUCGUCCGCGAGGAAUCCAAACUACUAGCCAUGAUGCCGCUCAGUGCAACGAGCAAAGCCAAUAGGACGCUACUGUACAGCAUUCAAGAGGAGUUUGAAUGCUGUGGUCUAGUAGAAGGCUACAAAGACUGGGGCUCCUCCAUCCCUCCCUCCUGUAACUGUCAGUAUCCAGGAAAAUGUAUUCGCCUGAGAGGUAGUGCAACUAUCGGGGCUCCAAAGAACCAGUAUGUUUAUCGAGAGUCCUGUCUGCCGAUUUAUGCUUCUGAGCUAAAGUUAGCGUUCUCCUUGGUGAUGGGGAUACAGUUUGGAAGUGGCAUUUUUUGGAUCAUUUUGCUCGUCAUGAGCAUCAAGCUGAUGGGUCAGAUUAAAAGGAAACAGGAUUUUCUGGCUUUACUCCAGUCAAACAGAUAUGUACCUGGUGCUUUUUAGUGCCACUUUGAAGUAUAUUUUAAUACACUUGAAGGUCAAGCAUACCUGGUUUGAACAUGCACAUUAUGCUCUAUGCCAUAACCUUGCUAUUUUGUCCUAUAGCAGUAUAUACUAUGAUUUUCUACAAGUUAAUGCAUGUAAUUAAUGUUUAAAGGUAAUCUACAUGCAUAAAUCAAUACCAUAUAGUAUUGCUGCUGUAAAAAAUAGCCAUUAUAACAAAUUUUCCCAUGUUUAUCACUCAUUUUGUGUUUGGACCAAAAUCAUUAUUUGCUACACACUUGAUUUAGUAAAUUUGAGUAUAAUUUAAGGUUUGAAUCUUAAAUGCAGGGUGUACACAACCAUUUUAAAACAACUCCACCAUUUGGAUUUAGAAAAAAAAUCUAAAAGUAGGUCCAAAUCGAAAUAAUGCCAAACAUAUUUAACAGUGACACAUUUUUCCAGCAAUUGAGGUAAAUUAUCUUAACUUUGCUGUUUUCCCCUUCUAUUUUUUUUAUUUAUUUUUAUAGACCAAUUAGUCAUCUGGAGGCAGUAGACAUUGAAGUUGAAUGUAUUUUAUCAAGAUUUUUUUGUUAACAGACUUCUAUUGUAUAAAAUAAAAAAGGGGAGGAGUAUUUGACCACAAGGGGGCACUGUAAUAAGCUAAAAAGGUUUUGCCAAAGUAUUUCAUUUUGUUUUCUUUUACAAUCUUCUGUGUGUUGAUACAAAACAUGAAGGAUUUCACUCCUUAAGAUUUAUCAAAAGUCUACCAAAGUGUCAUUAUUUGUAUGCACUGGAAAACUACUUAAUUUAUUAUUUUGUAUGAAAUUUAGUUUUAUUAUUAUCUUACCUGUACAGAAAAUAUGUAUUUUUAUGGUCUGGAAACCAGUCUGUGGUAAUAAAGAGACCACUUCCAAAUGUCUGGGGCCAGCUCCAGAUCUUCCAUCCAGCUCCACAUUUCCUGUUCGUGGUUAGGUCCAGUUAAAAAUUAAGCGCCUAUGACAAUUUUUAGAUUUGAUUACAUUUUGCCCCUUUUGCUCGAACAAACCCAGCUCAACUCCCAACACAAUUCAGGUACAAAUUACAUCAUAAAAUGGGUGCAGAUGUUUGUUAAUCAGAUUGAGAUCAAAAUACUGUUUUUUCCGCACUAUAUGGUGCACUGGAUUAUAGCACACACGGUCAAUAAACACUAUUUUUGAACUUACAUCAUAAAUAAGGAGUUCCUAACUUUAAGGAGCAUUAAAUAGGACAAGAGAGUCACAGAUAUGUCCGUCAGUCAGACUUUAUAAACUGCUUUCCCAGAAACCUCAGAGUUUGUUUGUAACACGCUACACGUUAGCCACGUUAAAAGCGUAAGCCGCGUUAGCGUAUUCACAAUACUUGUUACUCCAAACCUUCCUUGCAAAACAAAAAGAAAAAACACUGACACCGCUAAAAAAAAACUCUAUUGUGAAUACUCUAACUCAGAGUCUUGUUAGUAAACACAUAAAAAAAGCAUAGUCCAACACCGCUACGCGUUAGCCGCGUUAGCAUAUAAGCAAUAUCUGUAGCUCCAAAUCUUGUUUACCACACAAAAAAACAGAUUGAUGCUGCUAAAACAAACAUUACUGUAACUAUACUAACUUUAAAUUUUGUUAGUAAAACCAAAAAAAGCACAAUCUGACACCGCUACACGUUAGCCACGUUAGCAUAUAAACACUCAACAUUGUUUCCAACAAGUAGACUAAUGCUACUAAAACAAAUGUUACUGUGACUACGUUAACUCCCAAUCUUGUUAUUAAUACUCAAAAAAACGCUGACACUGCUAAACAAAACUCUAUUGUGACUACUAUAACUCUAAUUUUUAUUAGUAAACACAUAAAAAAAGCAUAGCCCAAUACCGCUACACGUUAGCUGCAUUAGCCUAUAAACAAUACCCCUCACUUCCAAUCUUGUUUCCACAUGUAAAAAAAUAGACUGACAAUGCUAAAACAAACUUUACUGUGACUACGCUAACUCCCAAUCUUCUUAGUAACACACAACAGUAGCAUAAUCUUACAACGCUACACGUUAGCCGCGUUAGCGUAUUUACAAUAACAGCUAACCAAACAUUUUAACAGAGCGUCGGGUACCUCUCAGAAUCACCUCAACAUCAGAACGCAUAACCAGAAUUAAUUCAAAUAUGAAUUGCAAACCUAAGGUUUUUAAGUGUCCUGUGUAGUUCGGACAACACGGUAUUCACGAAGUUCAAACACAUUCUAGCUUUUCAUGUCCAAUUUAUAAAUCCUUAAAAUUAUUUUUCAUGAUGAAACCAGAAAUUGUAAAAUUAGGAGAUUAUUUUUGAUCAUCUAACGUUAGAAUUUUUCUUAUUUAAUUAUCAGCACUAUUACUCCUUGAAAGAUAGUAAUAAUUAUUAUCCUUGAUGUAGCAUAUUUCUCUUAUACUGUUUACAAUUUUACUGGAAUAUAAUCAUAAAGCAAUGUAUUUUCAUGAAUAUUCAGGUCACAUGAAGGAACGAGUCACAUGUCUCCUGGUGACAUGCAAGCGUCUAGACAUCUCCUUAUGCACAUAUGUGUAAAUACAUAUAUUUUAAGUUUCUUUGUAUAGUUAUUGUGAGUUAACUACUAGCUUCUUUGAAGUUGGUGCUUUUUUCUGCACAUUGAGUAGACAUGCAGUCAAUAGCAUCGUGUUUUAAUCCAAGGUUUUGAGGAAAUGUUGGCAAGGCCGCAGCAGAGGGGUCAGUGAGUCUCCUGGAAAGCAAGUCACCCCCGUGUUAGCCGAGACCCAGAAUCCCCCAGCUGACGCCACUCUCACCACAGAAGCCUUUAAGCCACUUUACCUGCGUUAGAACUUGCUGCAUGAGCUGCCCGGCGUUGAAAUCUCUCCUUGACUGCUGCAACGUCAAAUGAGUUUCAUCCGAAAAAGCAAAUCCAGUGUCUACUUGUGCACUUUAACCAUUAAUGCCUGAUAUGCAGUCUGUUCUGACAGUUUUGUUUUUUUGUCAUGCACGCUUUAUUUUAUUUUUCUAUGUAUAAUUUAUGAGUAGGAACUCAUUGUAAAAAUGUGUAAAUAGCAGAAAUAAAGUGUGACUCAUAAAUAU